AUGUCUGACCCUUUGGUUCAACCAGCUCCCCCACCAUAUCAAGAACAAGCUCCGAAUUACAAUAACUCCCAAGGCCCCUUUAUCCCAGAUGACUUCAAGUAUUCUACAAAAGUUAUCAGUUGUGAACCUGAGGUCCGCCAGUAUUUCAUGAAUAGAGUGUACUCUAUCUUAUCUGCACAACUUCUGCUAACGUCAUCGUUCACAUAUUGGGCCACACAGUCAGAAGGGUUACAAACGUUUAUCACUGACCAUAUUGGCCUAUGGCUCUUCUCAACUAUAUUCGCACUCCUCCUCUGUAUUGCCUUGACGUUUAUGCCCCGUUAUAGUGAUGCCAUUGAGAUUACAGAUGAGGGAACAGAGCAAGAGAGUACGCGCGUACCAUGGUAUUGCCUCACUAAAAGAGGUCAGCUAGGAUUAUUGAGUUUAUUUACCAUUGCAGAAGCAUACUCUAUUUCCAUUAUAGCCCUUACCUAUGACGAACAGACGAUUUUAAGUGCCCUAUUCAUUACUACUAUUGUGGUAAUUGGUGUUUCAUUAACAGCAACCUCAGGUAAAUUCGAAUUUGCAUUAGAAUCGGCCAUGUCAGUAUAUUACUGGUUAAAUUGGGGACUAUGGAUUCUUAUCGGUAUUGGCUUCACCUCUCUUUUCUUUGGGAUGAGUUCCACAGUAGAUUUAUUAUAUGGUUGGUUCGGUGCCAUCUUAUUUACGGUAUACCUUUUCAUUGAUACUCAACUUAUCUUCAGAAAGGUUUUCCCUGAUGAAGAAAUCAAAUGUGCCAUGAUGUUAUAUUUGGAUAUUAUUAAUUUAUUUUUGUCUAUUCUAAGGAUAUUGAAUCAUUCCAACGACGAUUGA